CUUUAAUAAUUGGAUGGUUAUAAAAACGUUUCAUGCAAAUAUAUGUAUUGAAUAUGGUUAUAUGCAAUUCCUUUAACUGUUUUAUGUAUUUUGGAAUGUUACUUUGAUGAGCAAUUACGGACCAUCUGAAAGAUAAAGAAAGGGUUCCGGCCACGAUUCUGACCGGAUGUCGCUUAUAUGGAGAUAGUCGUGCACGAUUAGUUGGUUUGUUUGUUUAAAUACUCAUAUACAUCUCGCCUCUGAUUGGGUUCAGAUCUUUUUUAUUCGUGUCAUAGGUCUGAUUGCAAGGGUUUUUUCUUUUCGUAUUCUGAUUUGGUUCAGGUACGUUUUUAUUUCCAGUUUGUUUAGUCGCAUUAUUUUGAGUUUUGAUAUAGAAAGAGUUCGUGGAAAUAAUAACAUAUUCGGUGGUGUUACAAAUGGAUAUUUUGCUUUCACUAAGGAACACCAGUAACCGUGUGGAUACAGGUGCAUUGCCUCCAUUUCAGUUCAGCUAUUUGAGAAAUAGGAAAUCAUUAUCUGAGUUUUGGCGGGAUUGUCCUAUUCUGGCUGAUAAUUCAAAGGAGCAUAAUUGCAUGCCUUAUAAACAUUAUACCGCAACAUUACUUGCACAAAAAGGCCUUGAAGGAGAACCCACAAAUAGGAGUUUAACUCACACUUCAUGGGUAUCUCAUCAAGCAAAGGUCGUGAAAGGCAAGGAUGGCAUCCUAUGACGGCCAAAUCUACAAAUUUGUUGUUGCUACUCCAGUUAUUCAUUCAAUGGUCUCAUUCACACUUGA